UUCUCCUCCCCCCUCCGGUCUCACGCCCACUUCUCUCUCUCUCAUUCUCUCUGUGUGAGUAAACUGUUCCUCUUUUCUGGGCGAGCUCCUCAGUUCUGCUGUGCGCUGCGUGUCUGACCCGCUGUGUGGUGUCUUUCAGGUGAUUCUCAGAGUUGGAACUCCAGCUGUAGUGUGCACUGUGUGUGGAGUGGCGCCCCCUGCAGUAUGACUCAGAGUAACGGAGAGACGCAGCCCCCCCGGGGGAGGGUCCAGCAGCUCCGGGACACCAUAACACAGCGGUCGCUCCGAGCGCGCGACACCGUCCAAAACAUCAGACCCAGGGACGUCCGCUCAUUCUUCAGGAGGAACGCCUUCGUCAUCCUCACCAUCGUCGCCGUCAUCGUCGGUAUAAUUCUGGGCUUUGCUCUGAGACCCUAUAAGAUGUCCUACCGCGAGGUGAAGUAUUUCUCCUUUCCUGGAGAGCUGCUGAUGAGAAUGCUGCAGAUGCUGGUGCUCCCCCUGCUGGUCUCCAGUUUAAUUACAGGAAUGGCAGCACUGGACAGCCGAGCGUCCGGUAAGAUGGGUGUGCGCGCGGUGGUUUAUUACACCACCACCACCGUCAUCGCCGUCUUCAUCGGGAUCAUCAUGGUCCUGAUCAUCCACCCAGGCAGGGGGAGCCGCGACGAGUUCAGCAGCAAACAGAGCAUCGAGCAAGUCAGCCCCGCCGACGCCUUCCUCGACCUAAUCAGAAACAUGUUUCCUCCAAAUCUUGUUCAGGCGUGUACACAGCAGUUUAAGACUCAGUACGGUAAGCGUGUGGUGACGGUGAAGGUGGACGUGAACGGCACCGGUAACGUUUCUGAGCUCAGUUUCGAGGAGGUCAUCCCGGUGUUGGGGGCGGUGAACGGUAUCAACGCCCUGGGCCUGGUGGUCUUCUCCAUGAGCUUCGGCCUCAUCAUCGGCAGCAUGAAGGAGCAGGGCCAGCCGCUGCGGGACUUCUUCGACUGCCUCAGCGAGGCCAUCAUGAGGCUGGUGGCCAUCAUUAUGUGGUACACUCCUGUGGGGAUCCUGUUCCUGAUUGCGGGGAAGAUAGUGGAGAUGGAGGACCUCUCUGUGAUGGGGGGGCAGCUGGGCAUGUACACUGUAACGGUCGUCGUCGGCCUGCUUAUACACGCCGCCAUUGUUCUGCCCACUCUCUACUUUCUGGUUACCCGCAAAAAUCCCUUUGUGUUCAUUGGAGGACUGCUGCAGGCUCUCAUCACUGCUCUGGGCACCUCUUCCAGCUCCGCCACUCUGCCCAUCACCUUCAAGUGUCUGGAGGAGAAUAACGGUGUAGAUAAACGCGUCACGCGGUUUGUCCUGCCAGUGGGAGCCACCAUAAACAUGGACGGGACGGCGCUGUACGAGGCACUGGCCGCCAUAUUCAUCGCUCAGGUCAAUAACAUGGACCUCAACUUCGGACAGAUACUGACCAUCAGUAUCACAGCAACAGCUGCCAGUAUCGGAGCAGCCGGAAUCCCUCAGGCUGGACUGGUUACCAUGGUGAUAGUGCUGACCUCUGUCGGACUGCCAACUGAUGACAUCACACUGAUCAUCGCAGUUGAUUGGCUCCUGGACCGUCUGCGCACCACCACUAACGUUCUAGGCGACUCUAUCGGAGCGGGGAUCGUGGAGCACCUGUCCCGUCACGAGCUGGCGGCGGUGGACACUGAGCUGGGGAACUGCGUUCUGGAGGAGAACCAGGAGAAGAAAACUCCGUACCAGCUCAUCUCUCAGAACAACGACGACAGACUCCCCGACAGCGAGACCAAGAUGUAGCUCCGCCCCCAGAGCUUCGGUUCCAACGCUAUACAGAUUCUCACCGCGUCAUUAAAGCGACACUUCAACCAGGCGUCUCACUCACACGGUUCUACGCUCCUCCAGGUUCCAGCUUUAGCGCUGCAGCUACGGUGCUAAUGUCGCUACAAACUAAUGGAAGCUUAUACCCCACCAGCUAGCAUUUUGUCCAUGUUUAUGAACCAUAGAGGAGCAGAAUUUUCCAUUCCACCUUAACUGCUGCACCGUUUAAGGUGGAACGGAAAAGUCUAAGAAACCGACAAAUGUGAAGCCAACUUCACGAACGCGUUUGAGGAAAGUGUGUAAUGUUUUAGCCAUGUAGUUAGCAUCAUGCUAAUCUGUGGCUAUAAGCUUCCAUCACACGUUAGCUUCAUUAGCAUCGUAGCUUCAGCGCUAAAGCGGGGGGAGUUCUUUUCUUGGCUGAACUAUCGCCUUAAAACCAAACAGGAAACAGUUUGUUUAUUAGGCGUGCACCCAAAGGAUGAUGGGAUUCUUUAGAAUGAGGAACAAUGCUGGUACUCUAUCUGUCUGUCUGUCUGUCUGUCUGUUUUGUACAAAUCCAGGUUUCUUUUUUGAGCAGUGAACCUGAAUUUGACUUUCAUUUCAUUUAAGUUUACUUUUUAACUUAAAAACACAGGAACAAAGUGUUGAAUUGUAAAGGCGAGUUUGUAUCUCUGUCUCUGGGGUGGGGGUGUUGGGGGUGGUGGGCGCUGUAGCUUAUAAACUCUGAGAUAAUGCACAUAAAAAUAGAGAACAAACAGUGGCCCAGGUGUUGACUCAGCUGGCGGCUGAUUGGCUGAUCGGCUGCAGGUGUUUUUUUUCUCCUGAUUAAACUCGUACAGGUAUUCCACACCGGCUCACCUGGACAGGUGUGAAAAAAAUUUAAAUAAAAAGUCCAAUUUGAUUCAGUCGGCUGUGCAAAAUUUCAAAGUUUUUCUCAGAUUAAUUUUUUUUGUAUUAAUUUUUUUGAAUUUGCUCCGUCAGGUUCUAAAUCACAUCAUUAACCAAUGCAACAAUACAGUACAGUACAGUAACGUUCCACCUUAAAUCAACUGAUUUCAGUCAAAUUAAUAAAUCCAUAAAAAGGAAUGUGUCAGUUUCAAAAUUCUUCAUAUUUAAAAUUGUAUUUUUCACAUUUUGGAAUUUAAGAGUUUUUUGCUGAUAUCAGGGCCAAAUUUUUAUUCUAAUUUGAGCUAAUUUGAAAAAUUUGUCAUCCUUUUUUUGUCCUCAAAUUACACACUGUUCUUAACAAAAAUCAGAUUUUCUCAGCUCAGUAAAUAUUUUCAUACCUUUUAAAUAAAUAACCCUGAAUAUUUCAGGUUAAACUGACCAUCGAACUUCAUGUUAUCAACUUCAGACCUUCUAACGUCACUUUAUCAACAAUUCAUUACUGUUUUCUAUAAAUAUGGCAAAAAAUCAUAAUAAACUGUUUGAAAAAGAGACGCUGAGAGUUUGAAGAAUCUUAAUGAUGGUUAAACACAACGUAAAGGUUCUUUACCAACUGAAGGGUCUUCCUAGAACCUUUAGAGAGGAAGGUUCUUUACACCAAUUUUAAAGGUUCUAUACUAAUUUAAGGCUUUGUCCUAGAACCUUUACAUUAUGCAGGGUUCAGAAGGUCCCUCACACCACUUGUAAAGGUUCUUCACCAGUUUAAGGGUUCUGCUUAGAAAUGUUACUUUGGAAGGUCCCUCACACCAAUUGUAAAGGUUCUUCACCAGUUUAAGGGUUCUUCUUAGAACCUCUGCAUUAUAUGAGGGUUCUAUAAACCUUUGGAAGGUUCUUCACACUGACAUUGAUGGUUGUAAACCAAUUAAUUUUGCUAUUAUGUGGAGGUUCUUCAUUCACAUUCUUCAUUAUAAAAAUGGAUCCACAGAAAAGGUUCCUUUAGGGACUAAUAGUGGUUCUCCUGAAGAGCCACACACAGAACUCUGUUGUGAGCUGAAGCGGAUCAUCUGUACCGAGGCUCAGUGAGGAGACGGAUUAGUCUGGGUUACCACUGUUCUGGGGUCAGUACAGCAGGACCGAGAGCAGGUGCGGUCAGUGAGGUCAGUGAGGUCAGAGAGCGUGUGACAGUGUUUAUCCAGACGCCGCAGUGACCAUCAGUCUGAACAGAGUGAAUAAAAGCCCAUUGUUUAGA